GACAUGCAGAUGGUGCAUUUGUGCAAUUAGCACUGUGUCUGUGUGUGAUGCAUGUGGGUUAGUUGUGUUCUCUGUACCUCAAGCCUGAUUUGUGUUAUCACCGGUCAAUGUGCAGAGUGUGUGUGAGACGUGGAGUGUGUGUAGCUGUGAGCUGGAAGGCUGAUCCAGAGUGUAUGUGAGUGGCUGGCACACUGUGCUGCAUUGUAUGUGUGUAUUAAGCGUCCCUAGUGUGUAUGUGUUGUGUAUGUUAGGAGACAUAGCUGCCGGCACCCUGCUGUGUAUGUGCUGUGUAUUUGUGGUGCUCGCAGUGUCUACUCCUGGAACUCAUCUGGCAUCAAGAAAUGGCUGAUUCGCCCCGGGAGCUGACCCAAAACCCACUAAAAAAAAUCUGGGUGCCUUAUAACAACGGACAUCCAGUGCAGCACAGUGCCCAGAGGAAAGUAUGUAUGACCAACUGCCCGACUCUCAUUGUUAUGGUGGGACUCCCUGCCAGAGGCAAGACUUACAUCUCCAAGAAACUCACACGCUAUCUCAACUGGAUUGGGGUGCCAACCAAAGAGUUCAAUGUUGGCCAGUACAGACGGGACCUGGUGAAAACCUUCAAAUCCUUUGAAUUCUUCCUUCCAGACAAUGAGGAGGGACAGAAAAUCCGAAAACAAUGUGCCUUGCUGGCCUUGAAUGAUGUGAGGCGAUAUCUGGGAGAAGAAGGAGGCCAUGUGGCUGUUUUUGACGCAACAAAUACAACAAGAGAAAGACGAGAGACCAUCCUUAAAUUUGCAGAUCAGAAUGGAUUUAAAACUUUCUUUGUGGAAUCUGUGUGCGUGGACCCUGAAGUUAUUGCUCAGAAUAUAGUGCAAGUGAAGUUAGGGAGCCCAGAUUAUCUGCACUGCAGCAGUGAGGAGGCAACAGAAGACUUCAUGAAAAGAAUUGAUAGCUAUAAGAACUCCUAUGAGACCCUGGAUGAGAACUUUGACAAGGACUUGUCCUAUAUUAAGAUCAUGGAUGUAGGCUCCAGAUAUCUUGUUAAUCGAGUUAUGGAUCACAUUCAAAGUCGCAUUGUGUACUACCUCAUGAACAUUCACAUCACUCCACGAUCCAUCUACUUGUGCCGUCAUGGGGAGAGUGAGCUCAAUAUCAAGGGGAGCAUUGGCGGCGAUUCUGGACUUUCCAACCGGGGGAAAGAGUUUGCUAAAUGUUUGGGCAAGUACAUCCGUGAACAAAACAUCCAUGACCUUAAAGUAUGGACCAGCCAAAUGAAGAGAACGAUCCAAACUGCGGAGGCCCUGGGGGUGCCCUAUGAGCAGUGGAAAACCUUAAAUGAGAUUGACGCUGGGGUCUGUGAGGAAAUGUGCUAUGAAGAAAUCCAGGAAUCCUACCCGCUGGAAUUUGCUCUGCGUGACCAGGAUAAAUACAGAUACCGCUAUCCGAAAGGAGAGUCCUAUGAAGAUCUUGUACAGCGCCUGGAACCCGUCAUAAUGGAACUGGAACGGCAGGAGAACGUGCUGGUCAUUUGCCAUCAAGCUGUCAUGCGCUGCCUGCUGGCCUACUUCCUUGAUAAAAGUGCAGGGGAGCUGCCUUACCUGAAAUGCCCCCUGCAUACAGUGAUGAAACUCACCCCUGUAGCUUAUGGGUGUAAAGUGGAAGGUAUCCAUUUAAACGUGGAAGCGGUUAAUACUCAUAGGAAUAAGCCAGAGAACGUAAACAUUUGUCGCACGCCAGAAGCAGCCUUGGUCACUGUGCCGACCUCACUGGAUCCUACGACCCUGAAUGUCGAUGUGGACCGCUCUAGUGAAGACGCUUUACAGACUGUACCAAAUCACCUUUAACCUGGGGGGAAUCCAUACUCCCCCACAUGUGUUGCAUGGUGGGUUCGUCUGCCAGCACAGAUUCAGGAAUUGCACCAGUGAAACCCUCCUAUCCGAUAUCUUCAUUUUCGGGGUCUUUUUUAAUUAUAAGAUUUUUAUCAGUUGAGUGAAUGUAUAAACAUGGCGGCACACGUCUAGUGUCUGAAGUUAUAAUUCGUGUAUAAUUCACAGUAUUGCACUCCAGUAAAUGACUGUCAUAGG